AUGAAUUCAUCAAACAAAUCAAAACAAUCAAAAAAUCAGACCCAAGAUAUAGAAAAUGAAACUCAAGAAUCGGAAAACGUUCAAACAAAUUCAAUUCCAGAAAAUAAUCCAUUGAGAAAGAAAGUCAAAAGAAGACGUGCACGUAAACAAGUGACCUUGGAAGAAGCAGGUUCAUUUAAAAAACAACCAGAACAAAGUGGUCAAACGUAUAAUGUUUGGUAUAAUAAAUGGGCAGGUGGAGAUAAAUAUGAUUCCUAUAGUCAAAAAGAAAAAUCAAAGACGAGAUGUAAAAUCAGUACAGAUGCAGGUUAUACAAGAGCAGAUGGAGGUAAUAAUGCUUAUUGUUGUUUAUAUUUCGCAAGAGGUUGUUGUCCUUAUGGUUGGGAAUGUUCAUAUUUACAUAGAUUACCACCACCUCAAUCUGUUUUACCUGAUGCUUCAUUAGACGUCUUUGGUCGUGAAAAACAUUCAGAUUAUCGUGAUGAUAUGGGUGGUGUAGGUUCAUUCGGAAGACAGAAUCGUACAUUAUAUAUCGGUAGGAUGAAAGAAGUUAGAGAACCUGAAGAAUUAGUUGAAAAACAUUUUCAAGAAUGGGGUGAAAUUGAAAGAAUUCGAGUACUUCAUGGACGUGGUGUAGCUUUUGUGACUUAUGUAUCUGAAUUAAGUGCACAAUUUGCAAAAGAAGCCAUGAUGUGUCAAAGUUUAGUAGACGAAGAAGUCUUGAAUGUCAGAUGGGCAACAGAAGAUCCGAAUCCUAGUGCAAAGAGAGGAGAACAUUCUAGAUUGAUUAAAUUAGGUGAAGAAGCCAUUGCAGGUAAACUGAAUCCUGAAUUAGUUCAAGCAGUUAAAGCUUUAGAUCAAUUAGAAAGUUUAGGACAUUCCUCUGAUAACGAUCACGAAGAAUCAAACGAUCAACGUCAACCUAAACGAGCCAGAAUUGAACCUGAACCUGAACCUGAACCGGUACCAGAACCAAUCACUCAUCACCAUAUUCCAACACCAAAUCUGUCUGUUGGUAAUUUACCACUCUCUAAUAGUUUAUUAUCAAGUGAAGCUCUAGAAAGUUUAAAAGCUCUUUCGAAACAAAAAUCAUUAGUUUCAACUCUUUCUUCUCAAAAUCCUUCUUUAACUUCAAAAGGUUUAGUUGGUUUAGCUGAUUAUGAUAGUGAUGAAGAUUAAAUAUAUAUAUAUAAACUCAUUGAAUUUAAAAUAUUAACCUGACUUCUCUAUUUGGGUUACAUGUAAGAGUAUUUUGUGAUUUUAAAGAGAUCUGUGGAAUUGAUCAUCGUGUUUCUUUGAAUCAUCUUGUCAAAUUGAUUUUUUUU